GCUGCGUCUCUGCCUGCCGGGCCUUUUGGCCUCCGCCGGGUCUUUCGGCUUGGCCACGCUGCAGCUGCUGCGCUAUGCCCUGGCGCAGCAGCCGCAGCUGCCCAGCUUUUCGGCGGGGCAGUUCUUUCUGAUGAUCCUCCAGUGCCUGCUGUAUCGCAGCCUGUUCUAUGCUGGGCAAGACUUCAUGGCAUUGCAGUGGGAUGCACUUCUCCAUGAGAUGGGCUUCUGGACGGCUGCGCUGGCGCUGCAUCCGCUGCUACCCCUGGUGGCGCUGCGACUGAUGGCCGUGAAGGUCUUCCUGCUGGCCGCAGCGUGGGGGAGUGUGAACGUUUUUGCCUAUGUGGUGAGGGAAGGUCGCUAUGGUCAGCUGGACGGGAAUAUUGCUCGUUUUACCACCAAGUACCUGUUUGAUGGAGAAGAGCAGAAGCCAAACCUGGUCAUUGUGAUGACACACUGCAACCGAAAGCAGCUGAAGUUCAGCAAGCAGGAAAAAGCCGAAUGGCUCAAGCACCAACAUGAGGAGAACCAGGAGUUCAGGUCCUUGUACAAGAUGGUGAAUCAGGAUCCUUUGCGGUUCUUCAUGGUAGACAAUCAGGAUGAAGAGGACAUGCAGAUGGAGAAUGAAGCAGGGAUAGCUCCAUUGUGGCGCUACAUCCUAGACACGGACAGCACUUUGCAAUGGAAGGAUGCAAACAUUUUGAAGCGUCUUGAGGAGCUUAAAGAAGAGAUAAAAGACCUCGUCGAGUCGCGCAUGUCCGUAGAGGAGUUGGAGAAGUGUGUCGAGGAGAAAGAGACGGAGAGAAAGAAAUUAGAGGACGAGAAAAAGAUGCUAGAGGGCAAGUUGGCCAGCAAAGUGGGAACGAGAGCGAAGAGCGACAAAUCAAGUUCCGGCCAAGGAUGCUUUGGAGGGCUUUGCGAGGUGUGCGUGCGCAACAAAGGCACGAUCGAGAUCAGCGAUCUUGCAAGUGGUGAUAUGGUUGCCACCGGCACAGGAUGGUCACCAGUGGUGGCAUGGUUGCAUCGCUGCACAGACGUCAUGGUGGAUGUCCUCGAGAUCGAGACUUCCAGGGGCAGGUUGUUGGCAACAUCAGAACACUUGCUCUUCCGGGCAGAUGGUUCCACUGUUCCUGCCUAUGCGGUUCAAUGCAAUGACGAGCUGGCAUCUGGAGGUGGCCGGAUUGCUGUCGUCAACAGUGUGCGACGUUCCAAAAGUCUUGGAUACUACGCACCUCUCACGCAGAGUGGGCAGAUCCAAGUCUCUGGGGUGCGUUGCUCGUGCUACAUCGAAACGGGCUUCUCACACACUGCGAUGAACCUGGCCAUGCUGCCUCUGCGCUGGGCUCCAGGAUGGAUGUCUCCCUGGUGUGCAGAGAUGUCGUCUGAGCAGAUCCACGAUUACGCAAAAUUCCUCAUGAUGUUCUUUUUCAGUGGAGGUCAUGUGGCGACGUCUAGGAGAUCUGCACUGUGUCUUGAGACCUGGGCACAAUGA